AUGACGCAGGGUCCGGGCGGGCGGGCGCCCCCCGCGGGCCCCGAGCCCGAGGCGCCCACCACCUUCUGCGCGCUGCUGCCGCGCAUGCCGCAGUGGAAGUUCGCGGCACCCGCCGGCUUCUUGGGCCGCGGGCCAGCUGCGGGGGCGACGCGGACGGCUGGGGCCACGGGGGCCGAGGGCGCGGCGGGCACGGGCGACCCCCGGACGGAGCACGCAGGCCCCGCGCUGGCCGCCGUGCUAGGCGCCUGCGAGCCGCGCUGCGCCGCGCCCUGCCCGCUGCCUGCGCUCAGCCGCUGCCGGGCCUCGGGGGCGCGCGGGCCGCGGGGCGCGCGGGGUUUGGCCGGGCCCCCAGACGCCUUGGCCGACGAGUGGGAGCGCAAGAGCGGCUUCAUCCACAAGCCCGCGCACGGCUGGCUGCACCCCGAUGCCAGGGUGCUGGGGCCCGGGGUCUCCUACAUCGUCCGGUACAUGGGCUGCAUUGAGGUGCUCAGAUCCAUGCGCUCCCUGGACUUCAGCACUCGGACCCAGGUGACCAGGGAGGCCAUCAAUCGGCUCCACGAGGCCGUGCCAGGCGUCAGGGGCUCCUGGAAGAAGAAGGCGCCCAACAAGGCGCUGGCCUCUAUCCUGGGCAAAAGCAACCUGCGCUUCGCGGGCAUGAGCAUUUCCGUGAAUAUUUCUAUCGAUGGCCUCAACCUCUUGGUGCCCGCCACGCGUCAGGUCAUCGCCAGCCAUCACAUGCAGUCCAUCUCCUUUGCGUCGGGCGGUGACACGGACAUGACGGAUUACGUGGCCUAUGUCGCCAAGGACCCCAUCAACCAGAGAGCCUGUCACAUCCUGGAGUGCUGCGAGGGCCUGGCGCAGAGUGUCAUCAGCACCGUGGGCCAAGCCUUCGAGUUGCGCUUCAAGCAGUACCUGCACAGCCCCCCCAAGGCAGUCGUGCCUCCCGAAAGGCUGACUGGGCUGGAGGAGUCGGCCUGGGGGGACGAGGAGGAGGUCGAAGGACACAACUACUACAACAGCAUCCCGGGGAAGGAGCCGCCGCCUGGCGGGCUGGUGGACUCCAGGCUGGCCAUCACGCAGCCCUGCGGCCUUGCAGCCCUUGGCCAGGGAGCAUCUCCCUUUCGAAGAGACGCCCGCAGCCUGCAGUGGGACCAGAGCUCUUCUGGCUCAGCCCCGCCGGGGGAUGGCUAUGUGCAGGCGGAUGCUCGGGGGCCUCGGGACUAUGAGGAGCACCUGUACGUCAACACGCAGGGUCUGGAUGCCCCGGAGCCUGAAGACCUGGUGCCUCCGCAGCCUGAGGAGAGCCCCAAGAAGGACCUGUUCGACAUGCGACCCUUCGAGGACGCCCUGAGGCUGCAUGAGUGUGCUGCAGGCAUAGCAGAGGACCAGUGGCCCAGUCCUCCCACCCGUCGGGCUCCCGUCGCCCCCACUGAAGAGCAGCUGCGGCAGGAACCCUGGUACCAUGGCCGCAUGAGCCGCAGGGCCGCCGAGAGGCUGCUGCGAGCUGAUGGGGACUUCCUGGUACGAGAUAGCGUCACCAACCCCGGGCAGUACGUCCUCACAGGCAUGCACGCCGGACAGCCCAAGCACCUGCUGCUGGUGGACCCCGAGGGUGUGGUGCGAACGAAGGAUGUGCUGUUCGAGAGCAUCAGCCACCUCAUCGAUUACCACCUGCAGAACGGGCAGCCCAUCGUGGCUGCUGAGAGCGAGCUGCACCUGCGUGGCGUGGUUGCGCGGGAGCACUGAGCCGAUGCCCAGGUGACGGUUCUCAGCGGCCCCUGCCCCGACACUCCUGUCGUGGCCUUAUGGGCGCUCAGCCUUCCUCUCCCGGCCUGUCCAGCCGGAACCACAGAACCGCUGCUGUCUCUCCUCCUCUGAAGGAGCCUCGGGCAUCCCUUCCUGCCUGUGCCUGCUGCCCUGCACCGAGCUGGGCGCUCAUACCAAAGACAGAGCCUUCCUCGCCUUCAAAGCAGACACCCAGGAGUGCAGCCCUGUCUGGCCGCACCCUAUGGUCCCCAUAAUAGGAAGAGACCCCAUGUCCUCCUCCCCGGCUGGACUCGAGUUAUGGAACGGAGGGUCCCCGCCCCAGUGUGCGCAUGUGGGUCCUGCCCUGGGUAGGCUACCCAAGAAAUCAGGUGUUCACUGUCUCAGUGGGGGGAGAACUAAGGUGCUUUGGGGGUCUCAGGCCAGGGCACAUGCUGAUGUUACAGGGGGAGGCAGUCCCGGGGCCUCCCCUGGCUGCUCCAGAUCAGAGGACCAGGCGAUAGUUAGGCCCCCCAGCUGCCCUCCAGCUGCAGACUGUACUGGACAUUGGAUCCUAAACCUGGGCGUGACUACGGCCUGAGCACAGCCCACUGCAUGUGUGGGGCCCUGUUGGGUCAGGGGCUGGUGGAGGCCCCUAGUAGUUCCAAGGAGGGGCUGGGGGCUGGGGGUGGGAGAAGCCCUUCCCCUAGAAACCCCCAGCUCUCUGACUCCUUUAUUUUAUUUCAAGAUAAAGUUCAUUUCAGUUCCUACUAAAGGCACCCCCACUUCUUGAGACACCCUAGUUUACUUCCCAAAUGCUGUGGCCUCUCUCAGAUCCCAGUGUUGCUAGCAAAGCCCCUGGCUGGCAUCUCAAGAUGCUCCAACUGUAGCUGGAUGUGAUGGUGCAUGCCUGUCAGCCCAGCAUUCGGGAGGCUGAGGCAGGAGGAUCACAACUUUGAGACCAUUGAACUACAUAGUGAACUAUAUAGUAUGACCUGCCAUCUCAGCCAUCUGCCUCUCCUGUCUUCUCUCGGACACCCUGACUCUCGAGGCCCCCACUUCUCCCCAGUGCUUAGCUUCCUUCUUAAACACUCCAACAUCUGUGCUUUAGCUCUUCCCUCAUGUUACUUCUGAGCCUCUGUCUCCCAGGGGAGACUCCUCUUCUCCCCACCGGGGUCCUGACCCUUGCCAUAUCCCUGCUAGGCCACAUCUGUGGAGGGCAGAGGUGGGCCAGGUCUAGACCUUGGGGAGGCACUGUGCUUUCUCUCUAGGCAGCAGGCCCUGCCUCACGUCCUGGGGGUGGCCUCAGCUUAGAAGGUGGGGAGGAAAAGCCCCUACUCUCUGCCAUGGACUAGUGAAGCCUGCAAGCCAGAGCCGGA